AUAGGUGUGAGAGCAUAGGUUUACCAUUGGAAUAUAUUAAUCCAUUGCCUAUCCAAGACCAAGAUUCAUUGUAUUUUUCAUAAUAACUUAGUGUCUCUAUUUAUUAGAAGACUACUGUACUUAUAUAACACGUAUUGGCAGUACCGCAUUAUCUCUAAUUUCCUACAUAAAAGACUCGAAUGGUCAUGGAUGGAGACGAGAAAUUUGGAAAUGAGAAAGUCCUAAGAAAAGCUAGGAAAAAAGUGAAGUUGUUAUUCUACUGGAAGACAAUUGGAAUAUUGUUAGCAAUAUCAGCAGUCGCAGCUUUACAAACCCUACAAACCAGCAUCAAUAUUGAAGACGAUAUCGGGGCCAUCGCCUUGACAGCGGGGUAUGUCGCUUCCAUAUUUUUCAGUCUCCUCUGCGUUCCAGCAUUGCUGAGACUAUCGGGGCCAAACGUAGCUCUGGUCGUCGGUGACAUUUGUUUCUUGAUUUAUUGCUUGACAAACUUUUACCCAGAAUUAUACGUUUUAACAUUCGGCGCAGUCAUCAGUGGAAUAGCUAGAUCUGUUUUCUUCCCAACUUACACAAUUCUGGUUAUGGAAAUAGCAUCAACAUGUACUGAAUUUUCAACAUCAAAGCCAGAGAAAUAUUACUUCAACUACUUUCAGAGCAGAUUUUAUGGAAUGCUGGAGAGUUCGUCAAUAAUUGGCAACAUCUUAUCUUAUGGAAUUCUCUAUGGUACAAAGUCUGCACCAGCCAACACCGAAGUAUCCACCACCCAAGAACCAAAUACUACACAACAAUCCAACACAACCUGGAAUCCUACAGACCCUUAUCAGUAUUGCGGAGUCGAUGAUUGCCAGGAUCCUACAGUUGUUAGCGAAAGCAUCGACCAGUACGUUCCCCCAGAUAAAACCAGCAUCUAUAUUUUAAUUUUCAGCGCAAGUGCACUAACAAUAAUAUCCAUACUGUUGCACGCAUUCGUGUAUCCAGGAUUGGGAGUGUUCAGUCACAAAUUGGAGAAAGAGAAAGACAGAGUAACAUCGAAAACGACAGAGCAAAAGUUUGAAUCUUUAUAUUCAAAGAAGAAAAUUAGCGUUAUAUCCAAUAGCAUCAUCGAAGAAUUGGGAAACGAUAACCCAGAUUUUGUUUUCGGUGAGCUCGAACUCUAUGACGACAGUAUUGACGGAGACACCAAAGAUCCAGAUAAUUUGAAUACAUACGAAGCACAGAAGUCUAUGAUGGGUGAAUCUAAAGAUAUCGGUGGUAAAGCAUCAGCAGAAACCAUUGCGGUAACACAAAGCAAACCCAGUUACUGGAAAACUCUGAAAGCAACACUGUAUUUUCUAAUUUAUCCACGAUCGCUGAUGUUGAGCAUGACAACACUACACUUUGGAAUGAUGCUUGGAUUCGUCUAUGCUGAUCUCACGCGAGCGUAUGCAUCAUGUGUUGCUGGAGUUGAAAUGACGGGACUAUUUGCCAUGUCAUUCGGAGCAGCAGGUAUCCUGGCGGCUCUACUGUACGGAAAGUUGAACUUUCCCCAUCGACGACACAUAAUGUAUGCAAUAUGUUGCAUACUCGUGUUAGCUAUGUACAUCACAUGCUACGUUUGGGAUCACGAGCCUAGCUCUACUUGGGUCUUGUACAUAAUUUUCAUCGGAUUUGGCGCAGUCAAGGGUUUGUUUAGACAAAAUAUUGUAGAAGCCUAUGCUUUACAUUUCCCUGAUAAGAGAGAUGUCGCGUUCAGCGUUUACAACGUAUGGUAUACAGGCGGCUUGGCAAUUCAAUACGGAUUCAGUACCUUUAUGUGCGUUGAGGACAAAUUAUAUACACAAUUCGCAUUGUAUGUGACGAGUAUCAUAUUAUUUGGUAAGAUUGACAUUUUAUUAUUAUUAAGUUUGAAUUUGUACUGCAUCAUUGAUGACAAAAGAGGCAAGACACCCAGUUUGAAGAAAAAUAUGGAAUAGAGCAACAAGCUUCUUGAUUUCGUUUUUAAAAUGACAUUUUAGACUAAAUUAGUUCAGUGUGUUUUCAUAGGCAAUAUCACUAGGGCGGACUAGGACUCCCAUUCCUUAUAUGGUCAACGAUGUGACGUCAUAGCGCGUCCUACUUCAUCACCGGGUCUUCGUCCUAGUAUUCAAGGCGCUUAUGCGUCAUUUUCCGUUAUAGCGACUUACGAUCGUUCUCGCAGAUGACAUUUUAGUGGACUUUUCAGGGUGUCCACCUGGGUUCAAAUCUGUCAGUUAUAAGGUCGGGCAUUGCAAGAUUACUCGAUUAUCGAUAAGUAUAUUACCUGCGACAUGAGAUAUAUUAUAACAUAUACGUGACAAACUUUUUAUGACAAUAAACAUUUAGAGUAAACUAAACGUUUAACGUUACCGUUAUCGCUCAAUAACUUUUCAAUUGCCCAUAAUGCACCUCAACUUUGAAAUCUUGAUUGCAUGGAAACAGAUC